AUGAUGGAGGAUCACCUGAGCAAGAUCCCCAUGAUGGCGUCCUCGUCCCCCACUGAGUCCUCGGGGAGCGGCGGCACAGACGACAGCAGAGGAGCCAAGAGCCCGGCCCCGGGGAAAGCUCUGAGCCCAGCUCUGGUCUGCAAAGUGUGCGGAGACACCAGCAGCGGGAAACACUACGGCAUCUACGCCUGCAACGGCUGCAGCGGCUUCUUCAAACGCAGCGUGAGGAGGAGGCUCAUCUACAGAUGUCAGGCAGGAACAGGGAUGUGUCCGGUGGAUAAAGCUCAUCGUAACCAGUGCCAGGCGUGUCGGCUGAAGAAGUGUCUGCAGGCCGGCAUGAAUAAAGACGCGGUGCAGAAUGAGCGUCAGCCCCGCAGCACAGCUCAGGUCCGUCUGGACUCCAUCGACUUAGACCCUGAAAAGGAGCACCUAGCCACCACACGGGAGCCCACCUCCUCAUCCUCCUCUUCGUCGUCGUCCUCCUCUUCCUCCUCCAGCAGCUCCGUCAUCACGUGGCCCCACAUCAGCUCCUCUGUGGCCAUCACCUCCUCUGUGGCCCCCCAGCGCUGCGUCAGCCCCCAGAACAACCACCGCUUCAUGGCCAGCCUCAUGACGGCCGAGACCUGCGCCAAACUGGAGCCUGAAGAUGUUGACGAGAACAUUGACGUGACGAGCAAUGAGCCAGAGCGAGCGUCCUCGGAGUACCACAUGGCUCUGUACCCGUCCAGCUCUGAAAACGUGUACGAGACGUCAGCCCGGCUGCUCUUCAUGUCGGUGAAGUGGGCCAAGAACCUGCCCGUGUUUUCCAACCUGCCCUUCAGAGACCAGGUGAUUCUGCUGGAGGAGGCGUGGAGCGAGCUCUUCCUGCUCUGUGCUGUUCAGUGGUCUCUUCCUUUGGACACCUGCCCGCUGCUCUCUCUGCCAGACCUCUGCCCCGGCAUGCAGGGCAAAACCAGCUACACCAGCCUGGACCUGCGCCUCCUGCAGGAGGUCUUCAGCCGCUUCAAGGCCCUUGCCGUUGACCCUACGGAGUUUGCCUGCCUCAAGGCCAUUGUGCUCUUUAAACCAGAGACUCGAGGUCUUAAAGAUCCAGAACAAGUGGAGAACCUGCAGGAUCAGUCCCAGGUGAUGCUGGGACAACAUGUCCGCUCACACUACCCGAGUCAACCAGCCAGGUUUGGAAAGCUGCUACUCCUUCUUCCCUCUUUGCGGUUUGUAAAUUCAGAGCGGAUAGAGCUGCUGUUCUUCCACAGGACCAUCGGAAACACGCCCAUGGAGAAGCUUCUGUGUGACAUGUUCAAAAAUUAA